CUUCAACAGAGCCCGUCAGCGUGAGAGCCAUCACAAUGCCAGUGUAGUUUUCAAGCAUCGGGGUUUAAACAUAUUUUUGGAGUCGGCCUUGUCUUACUUUUUUUGUAAAAACAACGCGGUGGUUCCGAACUAUGACUGGAGUAUUCGACCGAAAGAUUUCGAGUGUCAAGCCUUCAGAUUUUCAAAGCUCUUUUCAACUUUCCACCAUGCAUCACCCGUCUCAGGAAUCUCCUACUUUACCCGAGUCCACGGCCACGGAUUCUGGCUACUACAGUCCCGCGAGUGGAAUUCCCCAUGGCUAUUGUUCGCCCAACUCGACUUCGUACGGGAAGCCUCUGAACGCCUACCAGUACCAGUACCAUGGCGUCAACGGAUCCGCUGGAAAUUAUACCGCGAAAGCCUACCCCGAUUACAGCUCUUACACGACCUCCGCCUACCACCAGUACGCCGGAACUUACAGCAGAGUACAGCCCCAGCCGAGCCCGCAAGAAAAAGAAAUCGCAGAGCCCGAGGUGAGGAUGGUGAACGGCAAGCCCAAGAAGGUCCGAAAACCGCGCACCAUCUACUCGAGCUUCCAGCUCGCGGCGCUGCAGAGGAGGUUCCAGAACACACAGUACCUCGCGCUGCCCGAGAGAGCCGAGCUCGCGGCGUCUCUGGGUCUCACACAAACACAGGUCAAAAUUUGGUUCCAGAAUAAGAGAUCGAAACUGAAGAAGAUCAUGAAAAACGGCGAGCUUCCCCCCGAUCACAGCCCCAGCUCAAGCGAUCCAAUGGCCUGCAACUCUCCACAGUCCCCGGCCGUUUGGGACACACAGGUGGCCCCCAGGCCCCACAAUUUACCGCUUCAGAACAUCAACACGACGACAUCUAGCUUUUUGGAGAAUGCCGGGUCAUGGUACACGUCUUCGGCCGGUGGGUCGAUGAAUUCUCAUCUUCAGACCCCCAACUCAUUACAGCACUCAUUGGCUCUUGGAGCGGGGACGUUAUACUGAAUUUCUGAUGUUCAUUGAAAUAUUAUUUUUUUCCUUCUAUGGGACUCAUGUUAAAUUUUCAGAGGAAUAUGCAAUGUAUUUGAUUACAGUCAUAGAGGAAACGUGUAAAAUGUGUAAAUGUGUGCAUGUAAUUUAUUGCAUUUUGGAAGACUAUUAAACGUUUUAAAUGGACAAUGGAUUAAACAUUCUGUAUGCUAGUAAUGACAUUGUUGUAGUUUCUUGUUAUUUUAAACCGCAAUUAAUUUUUACUGAAUUUCAUAAUAAGAAUUGAUUUACAAGCCUGAGGCAAUAAUUGUGGUUAUUAAAUCUCAUUCUCUUUCAACGAAUCUGAGGAAUAAAUAUAACUCUGAAUCGGUUUCAAAGUAGGAGUAGAUUAGAGAGCACAUUCAAUUAGUCAAUGAAUAAAAACAAAAAGGCCUGCCAUGUUUAUUGUUUUACAAAAGGUCACUUCAAAAUUGUGAAUGAUUUAUUGAUUUUUUUUACGUAUGGAACACAGGGACUUUAUAACCAAAUUUCACAAGACGCUAGUAAAUAUAUUGAUAGUGCCUAGCACUUUCCGAUUGACUGGGCCUACUUAAAAACAUCAUUUUCCCGUAUGCUGCACAAGUGUUCUCUACAUUUAAUAAGACGAGACUGCCAUAAUGUUGCAUUAGCCUAUAACCUAAACAUCAACCGAAUAAGCAUACAACAUUUCCAACACCUGAAGAUAAAAAUGGUCACCUGUCGAAAUAUAUUUUUGUAAUACAAGAUGCUUUAUUGAAACGUCUCAGCCAUUUAAUAUAGCUAUACCUUCAAAAUUGCGUUUUAAUUGCAAUGA